AUGUUGCCCAGGCUUGGUUUUGCGAGGACUAAUAGGUCCAUGCAACGAUUCAAGAUGACCCAGGUUUCUAAACCAUUUUUCCAUUCUAGCGAAGUCGGUAAGCCAAGGCCAUUGCAGAGAUCAUCGAAAUCCUACACAGCGGUAUUCAAGAAAUGGUUUGUCAGAGGUUUAAAGCUAACUUUUUACACUACGUUGGCCGGCACUCUGUAUGUGUCGUACGGGCUGUAUAAGGAAUCGAACCCGCCCAAGCAGAUUCCCCAGUCUGCUACUUUUGCUAAUGGCUUGAAAAAGAAAGAGCUGGUCAUUUUGGGCACAGGUUGGGGCGCCAUUUCUCUUUUAAAGAAACUGGACACAUCUUUGUACAACGUGACCGUGGUGUCACCAAGAAGCUUCUUUUUGUUCACUCCGCUGUUACCUUCUACACCCGUAGGAACCAUAGAGAUGAAGUCUAUUGUUGAACCUGUUAGGUCCAUUGCUAGAAGAACGCCUGGGGAAGUCCACUACAUUGAGGCGGAAGCAUUGGACGUUGACCCCCAAGCAAAAAAAGUGGUGGUGCAAUCGGUGUCUGAGGACGAGUAUUUUGUUUCCACCUUGAAUUAUGACUAUCUUGUCAUCGGUGUAGGAGCUAAGACUACGACUUUUAAUAUUCCUGGAGUUUAUGGGAACGCCAAUUUCUUGAAAGAGAUUGAAGAUGCUCAAAAUAUCCGUAUGAAACUAAUGAAAACCAUAGAACAAGCAAGCUCAUUUCCCGUAAACGAUCCAGAAAGGAGACGUUUAUUAACAUUUGUUGUUGUUGGUGGCGGGCCCACGGGUGUGGAAUUUGCCGCAGAACUGCAAGACUAUAUCAACCAAGAUUUAAGGAAAUGGAUGCCCGAUUUGAGUAAAGAAAUGAAAGUUAUUUUGAUUGAAGCUUUGCCUAAUAUUUUGAACAUGUUCGAUAAGACUUUGAUCAAGUAUGCAGAGGACCUUUUUGCUAGAGACGAGAUUGACUUGCAGGUAAAUACUGCCGUGAAAGCCGUCGAACCAACCUACAUCCGCACUUUGCAAAACGGCCAAAAAGCCACCGAUAUCCACUACGGAAUGCUUGUUUGGGCAACCGGGAACGAACCGAUAGAGUUUUCAAAAACACUGUUGGAUAGGAUACCAGAACAAUCUAAUAGGCGCGGUCUGCUAAUCAACGAUAAGCUGGAGCUACUAGGAGCCGAGGAUUCUAUUUAUGCCAUUGGUGACUGUACUGCACAUACAGGUUUUUUCCCUACUGCACAAGUUGCUCAUCAGGAAGGUGAAUACUUAGCCAAGAUCUUGGAUAAAAAAUUACAAAUAGAACAGUUAGAAUGGGACAUGCUGAAAAGUACUGAUGAUGCUAAAGUAUCACGCCUGCAAAAGGAAAUCAACUUGAGAAAAUCCAAGCUAGAUAAAUUCAACUACAAGCAUAUGGGAGCCCUUGCGUAUAUCGGGUCCGAAACCGCAAUUGCAGACCUACAUAUGGGCGAUUCAUCAUACCAACUGAAAGGUAUGUUUGCAUUCUUGUUUUGGAAAUCUGCUUAUUUGGCUAUGUGUCUCUCCAUCAGAAAUAGGAUUUUAAUUGCCAUGGACUGGACCAAGGUUUACUUCCUUGGAAGAGAUUCCUCCGUGUAG